AGAACGCCAACCGAUCCCCCAACUCCAACCCAUCCAACCCCCACCCCCAUAAGUCAUCAUUCAACGUCUAAUUAACCCAUUUUUAAUUUAUUUUUAUUACCCAUCGUCCCAGCCAGUUUCUUGACUCAUCGUUUGCUGUAUAAUAUUUACGGAAAUAGAAUACAGAUGAGAUGAGACAAAUUACGCAAGCUGGCCUGGAAACUACGAUAUUUAUGUCACGUUUUUGUAGUAUUCUGUAGUACGCUAUUCCUGUUAUUGAUAGCCUUUUAACCAAUCACGUCUCUUUGCAGCGGUUUGACGUCACAGCAUAGCCUUCAUUGACUACAAGCGUCGGUAUUUCGUCAGUACUUCUCGUUUACGUUGUUUUGAGGGAAUCAAGCAUCAACAAUGGCGGAGGAUGAAGUAAAAUACACGUUCACGUUGGUAUUCAGUGUCACCAUCGCAGUGUUCGGAAACUCGUUUUUAUACGGAUAUCAGAUAGGAGUUAUUAACACACCUGCAUCACUUAUUAAAGCUUUCUACAAUGAGACAUACUACGAACGGAAUGGCGGCAACUGGACUUCCAUGCAGAAAUAUGAUGUUUACAUUACCGAGGUCACCGCAGCGAAUCAGACGGACAAUUCUACGAAUAAGAAACCCGACGAUGCCUACAAGACUCCGGCAGAGUUUGGCGUGGACACCGACAAACUGCUCAAGCCGUGGGAGCUGGAGUUGCUGUGGUCAAGCACCGUCGCUGCGUUCGUCUUGUUCGGAAUGAUCGGGGCGUUUCUGUCAGCAAAAUUAGCGGACAUCGCCGGAAGGAAGAAGGGCAUGCUGAUGAUCACUGUGAUCAUGUUUGCUGCGGCUAUUUUCGGAGGUAUCACGCUGAUCACCAAGUCUCCCGAGUGUCUCAUCGUGUCCAGAAUCCUGGUCGGCUUGCAUUCCGGACUGAAUAUCAGUUUAGCUCCGUUAUAUCUGGCCGAGAUAUCGCCGAAGAAAAUCCGUGGAGCAAUAGGAACGUGUCACCAGCUCGGGAUCACCAUUGGGAUUCUCUCGUCGCAGAUCUUCGGGCUCCCCGUGCUCCUGGGAACCAGUCUCUUGUGGCCCUACCUGUUUGCAUUUAACGCAUUUCCCUCCCUCGUCUGUCUCAUCCUUUUGCCUCUGUGUCCCGAGAGUCCAAGAUGGCUGCUCAUCAGAAAGGGUGAAGAUGAAACUGCUUCAGCAUUAUUGAAGAAGCUCCGUGGCUAUGACAACGUUGAAGAAGAGUUGGAGGAGAUGCGCUUGGAGGCGAAGACGUCGGGCGGAGUUAGAAACUUCACCCUGAAGGAACUCGUAACGACACCCGAACUGCGAAUGCCGACCAUCAUCGCGUGCGUGUCACAAGUCGCCCAGCAGUGGUCCGGAAUUAAUGCUGUGAUGUCAUACUCCUCAUUCAUCUUUGCACAAGCUCAGGUACCGGAUCAGUACAUACCGUACGUUAUUGUCGGAACUGGAACCAUUAACGUCAUUUGUACUGUGAUUGCUGUACCACUGAUGGAGAAACUGGGUCGUCGCCCACUUCUAAUCUGGCCCAUGUGUGUGAUGGCAGCGGCGUUUUUACUCAUGACCGUCUUCUUAGAACUGCAGUUUGAUGUGUCCCUAGCCGACCAUCACACAGCGUUUGCCAUGACCUGUAUCGUUCUGAUGCACAUCUACGUCAUUGGAUUUGCGCUUGGUCUGGGACCAAUCCCGUUCAUCGUCGUGUCGGAAAUCUUCCGCCAGGAGGCUCGAGCGGCCGCCAUGAGUCUGUCCCUGGCCUUUAACUGGAUCUGCAACUUCAUUCUCAUGUUGACCUUCCCCUUCCUCAAGGAUGGGCUUGGUGCUUACACAUAUCUCCUGUUCACGGCCAUCUUGGUAGGUGCCAUAGCAUUCAUAUUUUUCUUCGUUCCUGAAACCAAGAACAAAACGUUUGACGAAAUCGCUGCCUCCAUCGCCUUUGGCCGGGCUCGUGGUCAGACGAAGAAUUACAAGUUUGACGAAAAUGACGAAACCACACCCAUGGAUAACAGCAAAGUUUGAGAAGCUAAAUGUUCUCAGGAUGGUCAUUACUAAGUUAUUUCUACCUACGGUUACUUUUGGGGAAAUGGUACAUUUUGUAGAACUGUUUGGGUUCACAGUUUGUGGUGAAAACAAGGCUUGAGUGUAUCUCUUUACAACUGGUGAUACUGUUUGGAAAAGGUGAAAACAAAAUAGAAAGAGAUAGGGAUUUCGAUUAAAGUUUAUAGAGUGGAUUUUUUUGGGGUUUUUGAGAUUGAAGUACUGUAAAGGAUAUAUUUAUGGUAGACAGCUAAAUUUGUGCAUUUGGAUGGGAAAAGUCCUAGUUUUAUACACUUGCGAGUUUUGAGUAAUGUCAAAUUGAUAUGGUAUAGUAUUAACAAAACCAAAAAGGGUUAAUUCAAUAUUAUCAUUAUUGGACACAAACAAAUAAAUAUUUAGUAGUUAAAUUAUUUUAAAACAACUGAUGAUUAAAUGUUUUUUUAAAUACUCUGUAUUAUGAAAUGAAGAAGUUUGUUUU